AUGGACCGGAUUUUGGUCCCCGAAGGUGGGAAACAUGACAUCUCUCUCCUGCAACGCGCUUGCAACAUUUCCAGUGUCAAGACAGAACACUCUUGUUUACGCGCCCAACUCAACGUCAAAUCUCUCAUGAACGGUACGAAACUCUUGUUGAUAUUGGACUCUCAGCCGAUUCUAUUGACAAAUUUUCAAUUGUUUCUUGCAGAUACAACAACCUCAGACGUUUUUAACCUGCGUGAAGUCGGCCUGUUUUUCCAAAAGAAUCUUGGAAAAGUUGAGCUAGAAAAAUUGUCCGAUCCCCGUCAAGUUGGUGAGUGGGCUCCCUCUGGCCAAGCAGUGCACAUUUUCAUGAUCUAUUUCCCAACGCCAGAGCAAGAAGUCUCAAAACAUAAAUUUUUUGGAAAGGUGCCCGGUACCAUCCUUUCUAUCAAACCUUCGGAUGAGGAGUGCACGUAUGACAUUGAUAAGACAUUUACUAAGCCUACAGAGGAUAUUCUUCAGCCACCGGACGCUGAUACCCCACCCCGAGGGGAAACUCAAUUCCCUCAGUCGCCCCAUUGGAGAUUGCGUCAAGAUCCGCGCUGGAGCCGUGGAUGGGUCUACUGCGCUAACUAUAUGUUAGAAGAUCUACGAAUGGAUGAAAAUCGGAUGGCUUCCAUUGUAACGCCACCCAAUGCAGAGUCUACUAGAACUCUUGACGGUCGAUACGUCUCCUCCCCAAUUCCUGGAAUGGUCAAAAUGGUCCCAGGAGCACCAUUUGUAUACUUUCUCAAUGGUGAUACUUCUCGCCCAUACACACUUUCCUGCGUACAGACUCUGGCAUCACUUCGUCCAUAUCAUGACUUCCCUGAGAUUCUUGAUGCGUCAGUUCGUCUAGCAAAGCUCACCUGGGGUUGCGAUUCUAAUGUCCCUCCAAUUCGCCCUCUUGGACAUUUAGAAGGCUUGAAACGCAACGAUCGCUCAAAAUCCAUCGCACCUGACCUUCCGCCUGGUUCGCAUGAUGGCUCUUACUCUUUGGCAACAACAGUCUUGAAGGGCACCGGCCAGGGAACCGUAAUCCCUGCUACACAAGUGAAUACAGAGGAAGGAGGUCCUCAGAUCGCCGCAGUUCUCAAAACGCUCAACGAACUGCACAAACGGAUAAUGCCGAAGUGCAUUUCCAAAUUCGAAUAUGAGGUGGCAAAGUUCCACUCAGAGGAUAUGAACGUUGUAGGCUUUGGCGGUCUCGAGCCAAAUGGGACUGGGUGUCAGUUUAACCUAUCAUCUCUUUGCAGUCAUCUUUCUAAAAGACUGGGUCGCACGGGGUCUUGGCAUCCCGAUAGCAAGGAUGACCAUACGCGGUAUACGCUUUUCGUACUUUUACUAAAGAUAGGUCCCAAAGGCGAUCCCGGUUCUUUUUGCCUCUCCCGAGGUGGUGUUUAUGUUCGUGAGCGAGAUGCCUGGGUCAUUUUCAUCGUCUUCAAGGGCAACGACCUACACUCUGGUAUCGCACCCAUGGAAGAUCCCGUUGCACAUCAGGAAUGGGUUGACAGCAUCAAGGAACCCGCCUUCAAUCUCAAAGGAGACGAAGUGCGUGGGGGUUUUGUUAUUUACUACAGCGCCGCUGCCACCCAGCGUACUGCCGCGAUGAGUAUGAUGCCUUCUCAAACCUUUGGCAACUUUGGUGCAGCACAACCCCAAAAGUUGAAGCAACUUGACUUUGCCACCCAUGGGGAGGCGACGCUUGGUGGCAAGGAUGCAGCUGCCAACCGACUUGGUAGAGAGGCCGUCAUGCAACUGCUCAAUUCGCUUAGUCUGGCCAACCUUACUUUAGACCUUGAUAUCGAUGAGGUUCUACAGAAGAUCCAAUACGAAGAUCAAGAUGGCAAGAAGGUCGCUCUUGCCAAGCUUCCUUAUAACCCUGUUGAGGAUGCUGCCAGGGUGGAGCACUGGCGUGGGCUGUAUGAAUGGCAUAGACAGCUCUGCAAUAUGAUGCUUAUUCGUUUGGAGAAGAGCGACUACAGGGGCCGACACCGGAAGAUGGUUGAAGACAAUGCUGAGCGCUCUCGCCGCGAAGCCUUUUGGAUUUCAGAGAAGCGACCACUACUUUCCACAAACAUACUCAACUCCGACGAUGACUUGGAUCUGAGUCGCUAUGAUGCUGCAGAAAAUGUGGACGUAGAAAUAACAGAGGUAAUCAAGCGGCGACAGGACACAAAUUCUACGAAGGCAAUCUUUGAGGUUCGGCUCAAGGAUGAUAACCGCAUUGUAGACGUGAAGGAAGAUUUACUAAAAGGCAACCCUUUGGUACUUGCAUACCUCCGGCAAAAUGCCCCGUCGAAACUCAAACAACAUCUUUCCGCAAUCGCCAAACCAUCAAUCGCUGCAUCUUCUUUCCAAAUGGCAGAGUCUAGUACACAUGUUAAUACACCUUCCAGCGCUUCUCUAACAGCGCUCCUGGACAAUGCUCACAUCGGGGCACUGCAGCCAAACUCUGUAGAAGAACGGCAUAAUGUGGAUGAACCUGGUGCUCUGGCUAAUGUGAUUUCAGGUGUCCAGCCGGAUAAGUCUCAGGGACGAAACAGCACUCCCCAAUCUUCUGAAACUCUUAGCUGCUCUGGUUCAGAACCUCGUAACAGCGUUGAUGGGCUUGAUAGCACUCCAGAUGGUCUUGGCGAUACUCUAGCCGCUCAGAACAUUGUUCCUUCCAACGAUCAAGGUAGCUCUCCCUCUAGACCAUCUUCCGGUGCCCAGCGAAACCGUUCAAGCCAGUCCAACAAUCGAGAUAAUCUAGAUAUACCUCAGAGAAAUGCCAAUUGUCUUGCAGCAACACGAGGAAGAAGGAAACGACCACAUCAAGAAGUUGAACCUGCGGAGAACGAAGUUUAUGAAGUGGAAGCAAUAGUGGGAUUUGCCUAUGAUGAUGAUAACGUUCCAUACUGGGAAAUUAGCUGGAAGGGAUAUGACGACACAACUUGGGAAACAUUUGACAAACUUCAGGGAUGCGUGGACAUCUUCUCCCAAUAUAAUGAAGUUCAAGGAAUCCACCCAAUGGACUACGAACGGGCUCUGCCAUCUAUCCAGGCGGUAAUACCGGAUGAACGUUGUCUCAAAAGGCGCAAGAUCGAACUGGGUCUUCUUUCUGGUAAUAUUGCUAAGCUUGAGUGCAUCCUAGAUGGUAAGAUGCUUGCUAAUGAGCUCAAGGUCCUGGUCAAUGAGAAUGGAAAAAUGACUGAUCGCCUCGCAUUCUCAUCCUCAGAUACUGGGGAUAUGGUCUCACUCUUGGUUGAGCAAAAUGAUAUCCAAAACUUCUUCGAAACCUAUCUGCAUGUCACUCCAAAUGGAGAUUCGCUUUCCUGUCUCUCUGGUGGAAUUCUAUUCCAACGCUUGAUCCACUCUACGAAAGCUCUUCCUACGCUUGUUGCUGAAAUGCAAAAAGUCAAGAUUCUUCAUCGUGCGCUGCAAUGGGAGAUGUGCCGAUCUCUGAUUGUUGUAUUUGAUUGGUACACUUCUACGGGCCCAGAGUUUGCUCAGCGGCUUCUGCAAAUUCAUCAACAGGGUGGCUACAAAGCGUUGAAACUGCAAUUGCCGCCAUUUGCAGAUAUUGUGGACCACAUCGUCCAAUAUGUCCAGGAAUCGCAGGAUGCAGCGCGAGAGGGAAAGCGAACAUCCAAGCGGAAAGCCAAAAGCGCCAAACGUACAGUCGCUGCAGGUAAACCUCUGAGAAAGCCACCUACAAUGCCUGAGACGCCGCGGGCCAAAAUAGGGCCAGUGCGGCAACAGCUUUCUCAGGUUCCUUAUGACCUUUACAGCUUACGGGAUGGGGCAAAGAAAACUCAAAUGAUCCAUCUUCCAAACCUGGCGCCAUAUCAUGUAAAGCCUGGGUUGGACACUCUUUACACUUCUGGUGGCUACAUUCUACAAGAGCUCUGGUCAUGGGAGCUUCUUAUGCCACACCUGGCUUGUAUCGACAAAAAAUUCAGCAGCUCUCGUCGCACUGUCGAUGAAGCUAAAAUUAUUGACCGAAGCAUUGUUAGAGGCGCAAUCCUCCAUUGCAUAGCAGAGGCGUAUGGAACGGAUGCUGUUUUUGCUUCAUUAUCUCUGGAGCCGUUUCUUGCCACCCCUACCAUCAUCUUUGCCGAUCAUCUUCGAAAGGAUGAAAAGUUUUCGAAGCAGGUUUUGAAAGCGACCCAAAAGACUCUCACACCACUCUUCGAUUUGAUCAAGACCCGUGUCAAAGGAAAUACGCAACUAGCUAUUGACGCGCGUGAGCUUGGGCAAAAGGUUCAACAUCGCCUCUUGGAAUUGCACCAUGGGCGAUCCUUAUCCCCAGAUGAACUUCUGAACCUUGGUAAGGUCGAUGAGGGAGAUAUUGCUGAAAAGGAUGCCCCCAAGAAAAAGCCUCAAGCGCCAGCUCAAAAACCAAAACGAGCAUUUUCACAGGUAUCUCUCGAGGCGCUUCUGCCCAAUGACACGAGUCCAAAGUUCGGCAUGCUAGGACUCAUACUCAGAGAAGUGUUGAAUGAAAGGCGUAAUUUGGGAGCUGGCCAUGAUAUUUUGCGGAGGGUGCUAGAGGGAUGGCAUGCAUCCCAGAACAGCAAGAGAGAGCACAACCGAGAUCAGACAGAUCCCGUCAGACAAUACUCAUGCACUGCUCUUCUGAUGCAGGAACAUCUACCUGGUUCGAAACUUACGGCCCCAAAAGGUCUCUCCAAUCUACUCUCAUGGAUGGGGACCGGUCAAGGACACAGCACCAAAAAGUUUUUGGACAUCGUGUCAGCUUCUGGCGGCUUUUUUCAGAAUGACCUUGACGCAAUGCUGGCCUUAUUUCGGCCAGUGCACAAGGAUAACAUAGUGGACAUAUCGCUCCAUGGUCCUGCCUCUGGCGGUGAUAAGAGAGGAAAAGUCCCCGUUUAUGAUGAUACAAUCUGGGGCCAGCCGAGCAAUUAUCUUAACAUCACGCCAACGAAUGUGUAUGGUAUAACUUACACACUUGAGGAUAAGUUUGGGCUGUAUUUUGCAGAGGAAGUGCAGACCACUUGGGUUGCAUGGCUGGGUGAUCUUGUCAACAAGGAUCUGGCCAUGCAUCAAGGUGAUCACAAGUCUUGGACAAGCGCCAUGGGUAUGAUGACUGCUCUCAACUUGCUGGGAUUCAAAACUGGGCUUACAGUCUUCCAACUGGUAAACAGUCUAGUAUUUCUGGGGUUGGCAAAGAUGCCAGCAUCUGUAGAGGUCGCAGACUGGAUAUAUGAUCAUGGAACACUGGGGGCGUACAGAGGUCUUCAGCACUUGGGUUUCAUCUGCCCUGACCUUGGAUCUGUUCGGUCUGCAUACAUGAUCAUUUACAACCAUCUUCACCAAUUCCUUACAGAGGACGACAAGAAAAUUCUCGGAUUCAGUCCCAUUUUUGUUGAGCAUCUUCUCUGCAAAGUGGUAUGGUGGGAGUCACGCCUUGUAGAGGGAAAAGUAUGUAGCCUGGAUAAAAUGGCCGCAUCAAUUGACCUACCAGAAGAACAUUGGAUCUCAGGAAAGAAUAAGACGGAUCAACUGGCUUUUCCUUUUCCCUUUUCAUCAGAUCCAGAGGAGUUGAAGAAGACCAUUGCAACAAUUAUGAAAAUUCAGUAG